AUGACGGAUUGCCGAAAACCCAAGCGGUACAAAAAUAUUCUUUCAUGGUUUACAAGUGACACUCCAUCAAGUGGUACUGGGAAUGAAAUUGGGAGUGGGAGUGGGAGUAGAAAUGCGACUGAGAAUUCUGUGAAUGAUGUUCCUAUAAACACUGCUCCACCUAGUCCACUAGAAGAGUGUCGUGAUGAAAGAAUUGAGAUAGAAGAAAAUGUUGAUGUUAGUUCUCUUGAGCGUGAUCCAGGAAUACGACUUCCAAUAUGCAAGUAUCAUUUGAAUGAGCGUGACAAUAUUCGAAGAGCUUAUGUGGUCUUAGGACCAUAUCAACCUCAGUUAAGCAAGUAUCCACCUUCUUUUGAUGGAGGUCAAGGUCGAAAAUUUAAUGCCAAAUGGUUCAAAGAUUGGCCUUGGCUUGAGUAUUCCGAAGAGUUGGACAAAGCAUAUUGCUUCCCGUGUUUCCUCUUUGAUAGUUAUCCAUCCCACCAUCCAGCAUUCACUGAGUGUGGGUUUCAAGGUUGGAAGAAUGUUAUGUCCAAACAGUCUGGCAUUCUUGGUCACGUGGGAGGAUUAAAUUCCCCACAUAAUGCUGCCAUGCAUAAGUGGGAGACACUAAGAAACCCAUCUAAGCAUAUUGAGAGAGUGAUUAGCACACAAUCAUCACAAGAAGUAGCAAAUAACCGACUUCGACUUAUUACUAUUAUAGAGAGUGUAAGGUUGUUAGCCCACCAAGGAUGUGCUUUUAGAGGGCAUGAUGAAUCCAUUGAUUCAUCCAAUAGUGGAAAUUUCAAUGCAGUAAGGAAGUCUUUUGGAAGAAUGAAUAUAGAAGUUCAAAAAGUCUUAGAAAAUGCUCCUGGAAAUGCUAAGUAUAUUUCUCCAGAGAUUCAAAGACAAAUUGCCAAUAUUCUUGCCAACAAAGUUAGAACCAAGAUUCGUGAGGAAGUGGGAGAUGCCAAAUUUUGUAUCCUAGUUGAUGAAGCGGUUGAUGCAUCUAAUAGGGAGCAAAUGGCUAUCAUUCUUCGAUUUGUUGAUUGUUAUGGGUUUAUUAGAGAACGGUUUUUCAAAGUUAUUAGUGUUGUAGACACUUGUUCUCAAACUCUGAAAAAUGAAAUAUCCAAAGUGCUUGCUCAAUAUGAUCUUCAGGUAGAAAACAUGCGUGGCCAAGGAUAUGAUGGUGCUAGCAACAUGCGGGGUGAAUUUAAUGGUUUACAAGCUUUGUUUCGUGAAGAGUGUCCAUCUGCAUAUUAUGUGCAUUGCUUUGCUCAUCGCUUACAAUUGACUUUAAAUGCUGCAGCUAAAGGAGUGCAUGAUAUUUGGGAAUUUUUCUCUACUCUAAACUUCAUUGUAAAUUUUGUUGAUUCUUCUGCAAAACGACAUUCAGCACUAAAAGUUAUCAGAGAAGAAGAAAUUGCAGAGUUAGUGGCUGCUGGUACACUUGGUACAGGAACAGGGGCUAAUCAGGCUUGCACUUUGCAACGAGCAGGGGCUACUCGUUGGGGUUCACAUCUUCGAUCUAUAUCAAGUUUGAUUAAAUUAUUUGGAGCCACCCGAACAACUCUUGCAGAAUUAGUUGCAAACGGACCAAAUAAAGUACAAGGAGAAGCAAAGAGUGUAGGUAAGGCUAUGGAGCGUUUUGAUUUUGUGUUUUGCUUGCUUUUGAUGCAUGAUGUCAUGAGGAUUACUGACUUUCUUUGUCAGUCAUUGCAAAAAAAAGCCAUAGACAUUUUGAAUGCUCUAAACUUUCUUUCAAUAACAAAAUCAAAACUCCAAGAUAUGAGGGAAGAUGGUUGGGAUAAUUUGAUUAUGAGGGUUGCAUCAUUUUGUUGUGAGUAUGAUAUUAUUAUGCCGGAUAUGUCUUCUCCUUACAAGAAAAGUAUAAGGGCUUCUGAACAAAAUAUUACAAAUGAGCAUUAUUAUCGGGUCAAUAUACUUAAUGCUGUAAUAGAUUUUCAGUUGGCAGAGUUGGAUAGUAGAUUUCAAGAUAAUUCGUUGGAGCUUCUUGUUCUCAGUGCUACAUUUGAUCCUCGUGAUAAUUUUGUUUCAUUCAAAUCUGAAGAUGUUUGCAAUCUUGCUUUGAAGUUUUAUUCUCAAGAUUUUACAUCAUCUGAUAUGUAUGCUCUAGACAUGGAGUGUGGGUAUUUUCUAACAGAUAUUCAAAGGGAUGCAAGAUUUUCCAACACAAAUUCUGUGUCUGAUUUGUGUCGGUGGUUAGUUGAAUCAAGAAAGUCUGCAUUCUUUCCUAUGAUUUACAGGUUGAUUUGCCUUGUUCUGACUCUGCCAGUUUCUACAGCAACAACAGAGAGAGCAUUUUCAUCUAUGAACAUCAUAAAAAACAGACUUCGAAAUAAGAUGGAAGAUGACUUUCUUGAUGAUUUGAUGGUUCUCUACAUUGAAAAAGACUUUGCUGAUAGUAUUGAUAAUGAUUCAGUGAUUACUGAAUUUGAAGUUAGUGGGCCUCGGAGGGUACGAUUCAGAUAG